AUGUUUUUACCAUAUUAUGUUUUAACUAGAUUUAUUGUAUUUUUAAGCAUUACUAUAUGUUACAUUACAUGUGUUGAAAAUAUAUCUAUAUACGGACCAGGUCUACAACCUCACAAAGUAGUUUUGCCGGCAAGAUACUUUUUUAUAAACUUUACCCAUUUAAAUGAGGAAUCGUAUACCAGUGAGUAUGGCCACCAGGUAGCAGUAGAAAUCACUGGAAAUUCUCUUAAAAAAUCACACUGUAGAAUAUGGUCUAAUGUACUAGAUAGAAAGGAUGGAACAUUUAUAGUACGAUACAAAGUGUAUGAAGAGUGUUCAAAACUGGUUAUUAAUAUAUAUUACAAAAGUAAACACAUAAAAAAUUCGCCUAUUGUAAUAAAAGAAACAAUUCUACCAGAUCAGUGUGCGUGCCCCGAAAAAGACUUAAAUAUAUGGUUAUUAAACAAUGACUGCCCUACCACCUAUGAGCAAAUACAAAAUGAUCUCAUUCCCUACAAUAAGAUCAAAAUAAGAAAUGCAAUCAAAAAGAUAAUAAAAUUAUACCAUAAUCCAGAGAGCACAAGUUUUUGUCACUAUGUUAUAAAAAAUAAUGAGAUUUAUAGAGAAUGUUAUGGAAAACACAUUGGUUUUAAUAUGUUUGCUGAUAACAUUUUACUAGCCAUUACAAGGAAAGUUGUUCUACCGGAUAUGGAACUUGUGAUAAACUUGGGUGAUUGGCCUUUGGUUAGAAAGGGUGAUGAAAACUUACCAAUUUUUUCAUGGUGUGGAAGAAAUGACUCAAUUGACAUAGUAAUGCCAACUUAUGAUAUCACAGAAUCAAGCUUAGAAAAUAUGGGGAGGGUCACAUUAGAUAUUUUAUCUGUGCAAGGAAAUGUUGACCCGAAAUGGUCUCAACGUGAGCCACGUGCCUUCUGGAGAGGUAGGGACUCUCGAGCUGAAAGAUUAAAGCUGAUCGACAUUGCUAGAGCAAAUCCAGAUUUAUUUAAUGCUUCACUCACAAACUUUUUUUUCUUUCGUGAUAAGGAAGCUGAAUAUGGUCCAAAGUUGCCCCAUAUAUCUUUCUUUAAGUUUUUUGAUUACAAAUAUCAAAUUAACAUAGAUGGUACUGUGGCUGCAUAUAGACUGCCUUACCUUUUGGCCGGUGGUGGAUUAGUUUUAAAACAAGAUUCACCAUAUUAUGAACAUUUCUAUAGCCAAUUGAAACCUUGGAUUCAUUAUGUACCAGUAGCUAGAGACCUUUCAGAUUUGAAGAAACAAAUUCUUUGGGCUCAAGAAAAUGAUGCUGAAGCUUACAAAAUUUCCAGAAAUGGUAGAAAAUUUGCAAACACCCAUUUACUGCCUCACCAUAUUAUCUGUUAUCAUGUUUCCUUGUUUUCGGAAUGGAGUAAAAGAAUAGAUGGAGAAAUAACUGUGGAUGAAAAUAUGGCACAUGUACCACAGACCAAAUUUGAAUGUACUUGUGAUUCAAAGAAAUCAAAAACACAUGAAGAACUCUAG